UUCAAGAGAUCUCCACUCUCCACAGUUCAGCUCUGCUCUGGUCGGUUCGUUCGGCUUUGGAAGUUGAAAGGGGGCCAUCAAGAGUGUCGCGUUUGCAUGAGUGCCGUGGAAAGAUAAAUAGAUACAACAGCGAGCUCGGGCAUUCGGGGGUUCGUUCGGCGUGUUUUGAAAUCCGUUUUUGGAAUCGACAAGUCUCGAACAAGUGCCAUUGCAGUGCAGCGGGAAAUGCUUUAAAAUUCCCACCGAUAAUCGCUCUAAUUUGCCAAUAAUUAGGUGGCUCGCGCGUGUGAUAAGCUCUGGACAUUAAUUAAAGUAAUUAUGGAAUUAGUCUAGUGUGAAGCCUGAAGUCUGUAUGUGGUCAAUCAGCGGAUUGAGUGCCAAGUGAUUGAGUGAGACGGAGUCAAGCCGGCCCAAAGGAGUCGAUUGCAUAAUAUAAUACACGAAAACGAGUCCGAAUUGGGUGCAAGCAACCUCCAAGAUACAGAUACAUAUGUACAUACCUAUGUCCAUAUGCGAACGGCGGUAUUAAGUGCGAAGUGUAUAAAAGGCUCAUCAACCGAAAUCUUCUGUAAUUUGCUCAAUUGGCGCGUUUGUUCGCCGUUGAUCAGCGUUUGGCGUCGUGUAUCCAAGAGAUACUUUUGUAUCUGGCUCAGCAUCAGCAACAUCAUCAGCCUCUCUUUCUCUCUCUCUCUCUCUCUCUGUACCACUGUUGCUCGCUGUUAAUCCUACGAUGGCCAUAUCCAAGAUUGCUUUCUUGGCUCUAAUAGCCCUGAGUGGGCUCUGUGGCCUAGCCAGUGCCACCUACAAGGUGGGUGUUGGCCGUGCAGACAUCACCGGACCCCCAGUAGAGAUCAACUUUAUGGGUUAUGCGAACAUCAAGCAAGUGGGUCGUGGCAUCCACACCCGCGUCUUUGCUCGUGCCUUCGUGGUGGAGGACGAGAAGGGCAACCGGGUGGCCUUCGUCAGCGCGGACGCCGGUAUGAUGGGGUACGGCCUGAAGCGUGAGGUGAUCAAGAGGCUUCAGGCCCGCUACGGGAACCUCUACCACACGGACAACGUGGCGAUCAGUGGCACCCACACGCACGGAGCGCCCGGUGGGUUCCUGAUGCACCUGCUCUACGACAUCUCCAUUCUGGGCUUCGUCCCACAGACCUUUGAGGUGAUGGCCCAGGGUCUCUAUUUGUGCAUCAAACGAGCCACUGACAACCUGGUGGAUGGACGCAUCUUUCUGUCGAAGACUACCGUCCUCAACGUGAACAUCAAUCGCUCCCCGACGUCGUAUCUGCGCAAUCCGGAGGAGGAGCGAGCACAGUACGAGCACGACACGGACAAGACCCUGACGCAGCUGCGUUUCGUGGAUCUGGAGAACAAUUUGCUGGGCGCCUUCAACUGGUACGCAGUGCAUGCCACCUCCAUGAACAACACCAACAGGCUGGUGACCAGCGACAACGUCGGAUACGCCGCCCUGCUCCUGGAGAAGGAGUACAACCCGAACAAGAUGCCGGGCAAGGGCAAGUUCGUGGGCGCCUUCUGCUCCUCCAACCUGGGUGAUGUGUCCCCCAACAUCAUGGGACCCAAGUGCUCCAUCUCGGGCAAUGAGUGUGAUCUGCUCACCUCACGCUGCCCCGCCGGCGAGGGAGAAUGCUUCGCUUCCGGCCCCGGCCGGGACAUGGUGGAGAGCACCCAGAUCCUGGGGCAGCGGCUGGCGGACGCCGCUCUUGGUCUGCUGAAUGAGCAGAGCCAGGAGUCGACGGCCCGCGAGGUCACUGGCGACGUGCGUUUCAUCCACCAGUUCGUGGACAUGCCCAACUACAACGGCAGCGCCUACAACCCGCUCAGCCGGAAGAUCGACAAGAUCAGGGGCUGUCAGCCGGCCAUGGGCUACAGCUUCGCCGCCGGCACCACGGACGGACCCGGCGCCUUCAGCUUCGAGCAGGGCACCACCACGGACAACCCCAUGUGGAACUUUGUGCGCGACUUUAUUGCAACUCCGACCCAGGAGGACAUCAAGUGCCACGAGCCGAAGCCCAUUCUCCUGGCCACCGGCAGGGCCACCUUCCCGUACGAGUGGCAGCCGAAGAUCGUGUCUGACCAGCUGCUGAAGAUCGGAGACGUAAUCAUCGCCGCCGUUCCAUGCGAGUUCACGACGAUGGCUGGACGGCGCCUGCGCAACCAGAUCCGGGCCGCAGCCUCCGCCGCAGGGGGCCUAGACACGGAAGUUAUUAUCGCCGGGUUGACCAACAUCUAUACCAGCUACACGGUGACUCCCGAGGAGUACCAGGCUCAGAGGUACGAGGCCGCUUCCACGAUCUUCGGGCCGCACACGCACUCCAUCUACAUGGACGUGUUCGAGCGUCUGACCAAGGCCCUGAUGCGGAACGAGACGGUUGAGCCGGGUCCCAGUCCGCCCUACAUGAACGACGUGAUGCUGUCCCUCAACACGGGCGUGCUCUUCGACGGACAUCCGAUCAACACGGACUUUGGGUAUGUGAAGACGCAGCCCGAGAAGGAGUACGGAAUCAACGACACGGUCAAGGUCACCUACAUCUCGGGCAAUCCGCGCAACAACCUCUUCACCGAAAAGACCUACUUCACCGUGGAGCGCAAGAUCAACGAAGACCGCUGGAAGGUAGCCUACACGGACGCCAGUUGGGAGACCAAGAUGAUCUGGCACCGCACCAACACGAUUUUGGGAUUCAGCGAUCUGGAAAUAUACUGGAACAUCAGCCCGCAAACGCUUCCAGGGGUCUACCGAAUCCGGCAUUCGGGCGAGUACAAGUACAUCCUCGGCGGAAAGUACCCCUACGAAGGCCUCUCGCACUCCUUCACCGUCAAGGAGGACUAGGUCGGACCGGAGUGGUUCCUAAAUAUGUAUUCCUGGGCCAGAGGAGCAUUGGCCUCUCCGAGAGAGCAACAGCAACACAAAUCCAUGUACUAUAUUUAUUUACCAUUUAUAAGUGACGAAGGAAAAGCUUUAUUUUUGCAACUGCGAAUUAAAAGGAUGCCAAAUUUUGUUGAAACUAA